CAUUUCAAAGAUACCAUGGUCUAAUUUUUUAAACGAUCGACGAACCCGGUACUAUGACCCGGUACCUGCGCCGACCGUACCUACACGGUACGUGCAAGCAGCCAGGCCAGCGCCCUGGCGUAGUCCACGAGCCACCUGACGCCUGUAUCUCCAGCGCAUAUGAGCAGCGUAGACCGUCGUAUCCAGGCGCCAAGCAAGCUCAAGGCCGGUUGGCUGUCCACGUCAGUACCGUAUCGCGAUGUAACAUCAGUAGGGUUUGUCGGCAGCUCCAGUCUUACAGAAGAUAACACUUUAUCUAUCACCAUGUUUUCCAAUACACUCAUCGUUGCUGUAGCUCUCAUUGCUAUUUCUGCUUACUAUUCUAUGAAAAACUUCAACCAAAUUGGCUUAUCUGCAUCUGUCGAGUCACAAAUCGCAUUUUCUUGGGGAAAUGUCAUUGCUGCUGGAUUUUCAUUGCAACGUGUGCAAGGACUUCGAAACAUGUCAAGAAUCGCUGUCGGAGUCAAUGUAAACUCGGACUUGAUAGUCUCGGGAACAGCUGUUUUGAAGAAACUCGGAAUAGACCCUUCAGGUCAAGCCAUUGACAAUUCUGUCAUAGGGUCAGUAAAGGAACUGGAGCAAACUUUCUCAUAUUCUCUGAAAAAUGGUGCUGCCAUUGAGAGGAUAUUUUCCACAAGUAAAGACUUUGAGAAGGUAGUCCGGGCAGCAGAUAGCUUGGAUGAAAAGCAGUACUUUGUCGGUGGAAAUGCUGCACUGGCAGGACUCACAAUGGCUGAUACAUGGAGAGACUUAGAGGUGCUGCUUAUUGGCCCUUGUGGGCCUCGGGUAAGAGCUCUCCUCCCAUCAAAUGUCAUCGUCCCAAAGCCAAGUUACAAGGAAACGGAUGAAGUGCAUCUCAUCAUGGAAUUCAAACGUAACGAGAGAUGGGGUGUUCACCAGGCAAAAGUUGCAACACGAUUCAUCACAUCCUACGAUGUCUCCAAUACGGAAAUGACUGCCCUCUCGGAGUUUGCUCGGAGUGUAAAUGACUUCUCACCUGAUGCUGUAUUCUUCUCUGGUCUUCAUCUGUUGGAUGGCCAACCAGGAGAGAAGAAAAGAGAAAAGAUGGCUGCCCUAAAUCAAGAGUUGUCCCGUCUACCAUCAGACCUUCCUGUUCAUCUAGAACUGGCCAGCAUGGCUGAUCCAGAGUUAAUCAAAGGCAUAUACACACAGGUUUUGUCGUCGGUUCACUCCCUAGGCCUAAACGAGCAGGAACUGAGCUUCAUGUCGUCAGUCAACUCUGGCCCUCACCCCGAGGUCUACAUCAGGGAUGGCUACCCGGAGGUAGGUGCCGUUGCCGAUAUCCUCCACUGGAUCCUGUCCUCAAUGCAACAGGGUACCUGGCUCACGAAGGCUGAGCAACCCCUUGCAGGAUGGUCCUCCAAACUCACCAGGGUACACUUCCACAGUCUUGCCUUUCACAUCGUGGCCACGAUCAACAACACUUGGGUCAACAACGCAGCAGCCGUGUCAGCGGGUGCCAGGCACGCAGGACGGCAGGCUUGCGAUGACGGCAAGAUCGUGGAUGAGAAAGUGGAACUACGCAUCCCGAAGGAAUUCGCUCUGUCCAUCAACUACGCUCCUCUCAGACACAGGGUGGUCAGUAUAGAUCCUCAAGACCCGGUUAUAGCAUGGACAAGAGAUAACAUUCAAUUUCACUUUACACCAGUUUUAGUUUGUAAAAAUCCUGUGAAGACCGUCGGACUUGGGGAUGCUAUUUCAUCAACAGGGUUCUUGUAUUCUCACAUGGUCUCGGCAAGUUGAUGAAUGUAGAUGUUAGGUAGUACUGCUCUAGAGGAACCAUCUAUCUUUUAAAAGAAUAUUAAAAAUUACUUGAUGAAUGAAUAAUUUAAAUAUAACUGGGAAAAUUUGAACCUCCAAGAUCACAUCUUUACUAUAAUUAUGCUGUUGCAAUUGUCUAAUCCUAUAAGUGUUUACAAAUCAGGCUGACUUUAAUAAAGCCAUGUAUAUCAGUGGAAAAAAAAAUGGAGAUCAACUUCCAAUUUGGAUCAUUUGAUAUGUAGCAGGUGUAAAAUAUGAAAGACUUUAAGAGAGUUGUGGUUUUCAGGUAAACUUCUCGGUGUGAACAAAGUGACAGCCUCACAGGGUAUAUUUUUCAUUUUGAGUACAAAACUGACUUUGGAAUCAAAUUCUCCCUCAUUAUACAAAUAGUGAAUAGGCUCGAGAUUUCACUUGAGAUAAAAGAAAGAUGCUGUAUUCGACGAGGCAUAGCCGAGUUUAUUAAAUAGAGUGUCUCUUUCUUUCACCGAAUGCAAAAUGUCGCACCAUUGCACGAAUAAGAAUAUUCGCUAUUUGUGUUGUACAACACCUAGGAAGAUAGCAAAAAUACAUACAAUAAUAAUUUUUUUUCCUACAUUAGUCUAUGAAAACAAAGAAUUAUUGAAAGCGAAAAGCAAAAUCCCUCAAACAAGCAUCUGAUUUUCAGCAGCAGUGCGCACUUAGCCAGUAAGCCCUACAAGUAUUGCACCUGCAUUUACUAAUCACGAUGCAUUGAAUCAUGAUUUUAAAAGUGAGAUAUGUUCCUGACCGUGCAAUGGUACAUUAUGGAUUGUAUGUGUGCAACAGUAUGAAUGAUUGACAUGCAGCCUCCCAUUUGCUUUCGUACAAUAAGCUAAGUAGGGGUUGUACAAUUAGUAAUGUAUUUUUUGUUUGUGGAUCAAUGCGCAAGAGCUAUUAAAAUAGUGUGUUUUAUAUUACAUAACAUAUGGGGCAGCUGCUCAUAUAUGACAUUACAUAUCAAAGAUGUUAAAUUCUAAUAAAUUUCUUUAUCUUUGAUGGACUUUCCUCAAACCUUCAAUAUUUUUUAUUAUUUUUUCUGCUCUUUUUACAAGAAACUUGUUUUCAGGGUGAACUUUCCCUUUAUUACUAUAUCUAGUACAAUUAAAAAGAAAAGCCCAUCCAUGUAUCCUGCUGUAAGCUGCAACAAGCAAUAGAAGCUUUGAUUCCAAGCAGAACUCCAUGAUGUCUUCCUCUUUGUCGUCAUUUUAAUUAUCAUACUUGUUAUUACUAGAGCAGAUGAAAUCUGUUGAGGCAUUGUUUUUGUGAAUUGUGUUUAAAACGUACAAAUUCCCUAUUAUCAAAGCAAAGAAUCAUUAUACAAUAUACCUUUGAUACAUUUUGCCAAUAUGCUAAUUAGUGUUAUUAAAAUAAAAAAGAAACCAUGAAGAUAUCUGUGUGUUGAUUCAUUCAUCCAUGUAGGAUGACUGAUUUAAAAUACUAUUUUAUUGUGACAAAUUUUGAAUUUUCUGAAAUAGAAUUUAGUGUGCUUAAUUGAAAAAAAAAUUAUAACUCUAUUUCAUGGCAUAUAUUUACUUAUUAUUUUGAAAGGGUUGAAAGUAUAAAAAGGCUGUUAAUUUCUUUUAUACACAAUUAAAAAAAAUGAUUUUAAGGAUUUUAUAAUUUAUUGCAUAUUUACUUAUUUUGCUUAGGUUUAACAUUUUAAAAGGCUGUUCAUUUCUUUAAUACAAUAUUUUUAAAAUGAAUUUCAGUUCUGUAUAAUUCAUGUCAUAUUUUCUCUUUAUUUUGUAGUGUUGAAAAUUUCAAAAGGUUUUUCAUUUCUUUAACCCUAAUAAGACGGGGGGGGGGGCAGAUUCAGCUCCCCCCUCGAUAUUUUUUACGAUAAAUCCUUCGCGCAAUUUUUUGACCGCAUCGCUCGCUGACUUUUUACUUUCAAGUCUUGCCCAACUUUUGAGACCAAAAUUGCGACCACCGGGUUCGCGGUUCCAAAAUUACGCAAGAAAUAAAAAAAACAAUAGAAUACAUAAGAAAAUAAAGGUGAUGUUGAAGUUUUUUUAAAGUACAUUUGAUAAGAGUCUGUGAACCAAAAAAUUAGCAUUUUAGAGGCGUUAUUUAGUUACUUCGAGCAAACUUGAUUUUAUGCAUACAUUAGCAUAAUUGAUUAGCAAUGAGAUUUGCAGAAUUUGAUCUUAUAGUUUUGUAGAUAUGCCAUGAGUAACGCACGUGCCAAUUUUCGUCGCGAUUGACGGCCGACAUCACAAGGGGGGGGGGGCUGAUUCAGCCCCCCUUUAUGAUCCUGGCUUCUUGGGCGUCGAGAUAGUCCAGUAUAUAUACAGGUUAAUGCAGGAUUUCUUUAUGCUUUUAAUACUUAUUAUUUUUACAGGUUUGAAUAUUUCACAAGGCUGUUCAUUUCUUUAAAUAUAUAUAUUUAUGCUUUUCAUAGAUCAUCUCCUUAUUUUUUUGACAGGGUUGAAUAUUUCAAAAGGCUGUUCAUUUCCUUAAAUAGACGAUUUAAAAAAAAAAUCAUCACUGGCUUAAUAUGGUUGAGGUAGAACAAUUAUUUAAUAGACAAAAGAUAAAAUUGUUCCAUGUACUUGUAUAUUUUUUUGUUCCAACUUUAAAAAUUUUCAGCUCAGUACUUUUCUUUCUAUGAAAUGUGAAUAAGAUAUAUUUGCACUUUGUAUUGCCCGCUAUACAGAAAUAGCAUCUGAGCAUUAUAAACCUUGGGUCAAUUUCUUAUAACUUGUUAUGAUAACAAAUUUGCAAUAACAGUUAAAAUAUACUGAAAUCCUUUAAUCUGAUUAGCUUUAAUCUGAUUAGCUUGUUAGAAAUUUGUUAUAAAAAUAGUGCAUUUGAUACUAACACAGCGUAAUCCUGAUCUUGAUUUUGUUUUUACCUUUUGCAAAUCUGGUCUACUGCAAGCAGAUAUAAUGUUGUGAUAUGGGGGGUAUCUGCAAGUACUUUCCACCCUACACAAUUUGGUAUUUGGGCAUUUGAUUACUCCCUUUUGGUAUCAAGCUGUCACAAAGUGAAUACAGAGUAUAUUACUAACUCAUCUUUCCUCAUGGGUUAUAAGCUAAAAUGAAAUUCAUUUGAAAUUUUUUUACAAUUUACCCCCAAUAAAUUCAGAGAUAUAAACCCCUGAUAUAUAUGCACAAUGAAUUGUCAAUAACAAUUCACAUGUUUUGCUAUCAGUGCACACAAGCAUCAUGCGUACUGGAAAUAGUCCUGCCCCGUACCCCGUUGCAUAAGACUUACCAUUUUGGUUACUUUGCCAUCCAAUGGUAACUUGUCUGGAAUCCUUGAUUUUCAUUGGUUGGUGAUCAGCGUUACCAUGGUAGCUGCCAUUGGAUGGCAAGGUUACCAGAAUAGUAACUUUUAUGCAACAGGGCCCAGGUUUUGACUUUUGGCACAUUCAAUUUGAUGAUCAUCGGGGGAGUUUUCAUGAAAUAAAUAGUCAGAGAUUUUCAAUGACAGAUUUGCUAUGAGCCAAUCAGAUUCAAUGCUUUUGGUAGCCUAAAAUAGUCGGUGAAAAUUGUUUACUGAAUAUAUGUUAAAUGAAAUGCUCUCCCUGUUAUGAUGCCAACAGACUAUCUGUAUUUGGUAUGGCAGGCUAACUCUUUUUCUCGAAAGCAGAUUAUAAGUUUUCUCUUCAUCAAGGUGUUGGGAUAAAAAGAAUUAAGAUAUUUGUGGGUGAACUUAAAUUUGUAUUUUAAAAAAGUGGGAGUGUAGGUUUUGUAUUUUAUAAUAUACAUGAACAUAUUUGAAUAGUAUUGUGCCUUUUCAUGAAUGGACAUUAUCUAUGUGCAAUUUAUUUUUGAUAAGAUAAAUAUAAAAAUAUUUUA